AUGGAGCCCCAACUAAACACCGACGAGCCGGAGCAACCUAUUUACUUAAUAAAUUUCGAGUCGUAUCUGAGACCCAAACUGCCGCACAAAGUCCAUCCGCUACAGCAGUUCGUUAGGCUGCCAAAGCCAGAGAGUAAUCUUGAAACGCUUAACAAAACGCUGAAGCGCCUAAAGGUGGUCAGAUUGUGGCGCAAAGGGCACAGCGUGGCGGCCAAACGCCUAAGCUUAUGCCACAAAUGGUUCAACGGACUACCCUUGCCUAGUUUUCUGGCGUUUUUGCGGGCACGCGUCGAUGACGGACUCUGCAAACGCAAGACCGGAUUCGAGAUCUAUUGUGAGAUGGCCAGCAUACAUGGCUUUCAUAUUUUCGUUGGCGCCAAAACGUGGCAACGGGUUCUCUGGUGGCUACUGAUAUGCACCGCCGUUCUCUUAUCCCUCAUCGUGCUGGUUAUGUCGCACACCCUGAAUGUGGACACGCCCACCAUACGCAUUAUAGAGAGCAUGCAUGAGCCGACAUCCAACAUGCCCUUUCCCGCAGUGACAAUCUGCAGUUUGAAUCGCGUUUCCAAGCAGCGUUUGCAGCAGAAAGCGAGGCAGCGCAACGAGAGCUGGUCCCAGUUAUGGGAGGAUUUGGCACCGCCCUUGUGUGAGGCACAGCUCUUGGGCUGUAAGUGGGAGGGUCAGGCAACAGCUUGUGAAAAAAUCCUUAAGCCCAUCUGGACUGUCCACCAAGGACUCUGUUGCACAUUUAAUUACGAGAGCACACGCCACACUUUCCACAGCGGCUGUGAAAAGGGCCUAACUAUACGUUUGGCAACACAGUCUGAGGAUUAUGGCAGCGCUGCGGCAGCCACCUAUGGAUUCGAGGUAAUGGUGCACGAAUCCUACACCACACCCGACGGCGUCAGUCCACGCGUGAUUGCGCCAAACAGCGCCGAGACUUAUCUGAUGGUGAAGCCAUUUGGCACACAUGCCACCUCCUACGUGGGUGGCCUGGAGGUUGACAAGCGUCGCUGCUAUUUGCCCAAUGAACGCAAAUUGUUUCACUUCACCAGCUACGAACAGGACAAUUGUCUGGCGGAAUGUCGCGGCGAACGACUUCAUAAACAAUGUGGUUGCGUAGCGCCCCAUACCCCCAAAAGAAGGGACUGGCUGGUGUGCAAAUUUUCAGAGCUAGAAUGCUUGCAAAAACACAACUCUAUAAAUGGACAACUGACGGAAACUGGGAAUAUUGAAAACUAUGUCUACCUUUGCAAUUGCUGGCCACUGUGUGCAUUCCAUCGCUAUGAAAUGCUAAGCGAAGUGGUGCCAAUGGCUGUUAAUUAUCCAGUGGAGUACGAAUAUGACAAGUUCUUCAAAAAUUUCAAUGCCUCCAAUGAAGUGCUUCUGCAUGUUUAUUACGAUGCUCUAACCGCUGAGCAGUUACGCUUGGAUGUCUACGAAAACUGGCUAACAUUUAUAGGCACUUUCGGUGGCAUCACUGGACUAUUUAUGGGGUGUAGUUUCGUUUCUGUCUUCGAAUUAAUAUUCUUCGUGUUUGUGCGACCCACUUGUAAUUGGUUAACGAAACAACAAAUUAAAUAUCGGCUGCGCCGCAAGCGACGUCGUCAGGCCCAGUUGGCAGCCGCUGCUCAUUAG